UAAACCAAAUUUGAAUAGCUUUAUUAUCAGCGGAUUAAGGCACCGCUUGUGUACCAUGGCUGCUAUGUGUUCGGUGCUUAUGGCAUGAAUACACAUGCUAUGUACAUGUAUGGACUCUAUGUACAUGUUAAUGUAUGUGCUGUACUUUGUGCAGUUAGCAUGUAUCGUAAAAUAGCAUUGUGAAAAAGCAGUGUCAGUUUUAUUUGUACGAAGUUUUGUCCUAGCAUCUUUCAUGGUAGCAACUUCAAAUCCGAGGAAUUGUCUUGAAGUGUAUCAAAUUGGAGAGAUUCAUCAAGCAUCUUGCUAACACCAUAGAGCUGAUACUGGCGGCUAUACUAAAAGAGACAUAACUUUGCACCAUAGUUCCUCAUUGCCGAACUUUGUUGAGGAACCCGUUCUUUCUGAGGAGCGGCCCGUGAACGGAUACUAAUUCUACGGCGUAGGAGGAGCAUACGAGUGCGCCCUACUCAUUCACGGACUCUGUAACUUUGUAAAAUACGAAUCAUUGCAGGAUUGUGCUUUACACUUUGAUUGCAAAAACUUCUGUCGAGCUGAGUGAGUGAGAACUGUUCAUGAAGGACAUACAUCUAACUUGCAUCUGAAGAUCUGCACCAUCAAUUCAUACUAUAGUAAUGCCUCUCCUGCGAGCAUUAUGACGAGCAACGGACACAAUUUACUUGUUGAUCACUCUUGUAAACUUUCCUGAUAGCCACAUUGUUGUCGAUCUGACACCAGUUUUCACCAAUAACCUGUGAAGAUGAAUGACACUGACAACUCAACAACGGACUACUACUAUGAUGAAAAUCUGACGACAUUGAUGGACUAUGACAAUGUGUCGACAACAGAGGCACCUACGGUGUCGACAGACAUUCUCAGGUUUGCUCUCGGUGGGGUGCUGUCCGCCAUUACAUUAGUGGCUCUUAUAGCCAACUGCUUUGUGGUGGGCAUCUUUGUAAAGUUUCCAAGUCUAAAGAAACCCGGACCUGGGUAUCUUUUGCUGAAUAUCACCGUAGCAAACUUGAUUGUAGCAGUGUUUGGUUUGAUUCCAAGCACCGUAGCUUACUUCCUCGAUGGAUGGCUCCUUGGCGAUGUCAUGUGCCAAGUCGUGGCCUACAUAACUUGCUUUGCAUUCCACCUAAUCGUCCAUACCAUGGGAGUGGCUUUCUUCGAGAGGUACCUCAAGAUCUGCAGACCAUUGAAGCACAAGGAGAUCUUCACGCCGUUCGUGACGAUCAUCCUGCUGGGCGGACUAUGGUUCUUCGCCGCUGUCUUGGCACUCUUCCCCCUGGUCGGUUGGGGUGGGUAUGCAUACCUCACAGAGGGACGCCAAUGUUUUAUAAGUGCGGCUGGAUGGCAAGGCCAUCUCACUCACAUGGUCUUUACUCUCAUCAUGACGCUAGUCCUACCAUUCACCACAUCUGUAGUCUUCAUUCUAGUCGUCGUCGUGCAGGCAAGCCGCAAACGUAAAGUGGGAUUACUGGACGUUCUCGGAGACAAUGAUAAAACGACUGUUCCGGAGACGUAUGGAAGGAAAAUCAAGAGGCAAGAAAGAGAGCUGCGCAGAAAGGUCCGUGAGAAGAAACUGACAAAGAAGGUCAAGAAGACAAAGAAGAAGAAGAAAAACAAGGAGAAGAAAAAAAUAGACAAACAUGACAGCUCGUCAUCGUCAUCGUCGUCGUCAUCGUCAUCAUCUUCGUCAUCGUCGUCAUCUUCAGAUGAUGACCAGCGACCUUCUUAUCAAAAGUAUAAAGAAACUAAAAAGAUGCAGAAGAAACAGCGCUACCGCGUGAAUGAGGUGGCGCUGGUUCGAACCCUGUCAGUGGUACUGCUUCUCCUCAUGCUAGCCUGGAUUCCAUACAUGGUCGCCAAGUGCCUGCAGACGCUCGAACCAGCCACAAAUCUUGCGCCACCAAGCGAGCUCCUAACCACCUCAGUGUUUCUAACGUACGCAACGUACGCGCUCACGCCCGUCAUUUUACUUUUGGGUUAUAGGAAAUAUCGCAAAGCAUUGUUUGGUGCUCUCUUCGGGGAAAAAGCUGGACACGGUGAAGAUAUAGAGGGCGGGCAUGACUCUGGAAUUGAAAUCGCGGCUACUACGAUCUAAAAUAGCAAACAGGUCAGGGCCCAACUUCAUGAACCUGUUAAGCAGAAGAUUUUGCUUAGCAAACUAAACUUGGCUAAGCAAGACACGACUGGGGUACCAUUCGCAUUAAGGUUAAAUGUGUACUGAUACUCUAUUUUUUGCUAAGCAAAGAUUGUUGUGCUUAGCAAGUUGUUGUUGCAUUCUUGUUGUUGUAUUGAAUAAGAUGGAUGAGAUAUUUCAGACUUUUUCAAAGGCAUUCACUAUUGGUAAUUGUCAAAGACCAGUCUUCUCACUUGGUAU